AUGGAUGACAACUGGGGCGACGCGGACGAUUCGCAACGAGGUAUUACCGAAGAGCUUCCCCGAGUCGCAGUCCUGCCAAAGCAUAUUCGUUAUCGUUGCUUCACUGGAACCACCCUUGGUAGUCACGUGCGCUGGACCGGUGCUGACACAGACUUCUUUCUUAACAAGCGACGCCGCUAUGAGGAGGUGACUGACAGCUCGGAUGUGGUGACACCGCUGCCGCGUGUGCUGAACGAUUCCUUUGAGAUUGCCGCGCGGCAGCUGUCAACGUAUUAUUGGCUGUCUCAGCCGCAUAGCGCACAGGAAAUGUGUGCGAGGUUUGCACUGGAUCGCCGGCUUGGAGUGAGGCCCAGCCUCUCGGCAAUUAAUCGGGCUAUUCGGACGCUCAGCCAUGACGGCCAGGUUGAUGCGAUUUUAGAUAUCAUGGAGGAUCUGAUCGUUGAGGGGGAUCCACUGUCCUUGAGCACUGUAUUAGAGAUUAUCAACUCAUUGCAGGCCCAGCCAGCAAGGGCUAUGCGGGUCGCUCUGCUGCUGCAGACUAAACUGCGUGCGGGCACAGCCAUUCCAGCAGCGGUGUGGCAGCGGCUAAGUUCUGAUUUCGCGCGAAGUUCCCAGGGGCUCCCGAAGCCGCUGGAUGACCACUUUAUGGGGUUGCUGGAGAGUGUUAUGUAUAUGGUACGGUGGGAAAGCAAGUACCUCAGCGAAGAACUAAUAGUUGAGUUCGGGAAGUGCUUGCUGGAUAGCCGGAAGCCCCUGGAUUCUGCUAUGAAGCUCGUUCAGGAGGAGUUGUUGAGCGGACGAAAUCAAAGCAUUUCCGGGUCAUGCACUUUGCAGUUGAGCGCCUUUUUGACCGACCUACUCACCGCGCUCUGUAGUUCUUCGGCACGUGCCAUCUACGACGUCAAAGGGACACCGCCUGAUCCUGCAAAGCUUCGAAAUUUGCUAAUUUUUAGCGGCGAUGUGAUUAAGUACGCCUAUGCCCAAAAGGUUCAGCUCGCACCAAAGGCAUUAGAUUCGGUCUUGUUGUUGUGUGAUGCAUGCCAUGAUUACCAUCGUCUGUAUAUUUUGUUUCUCUCCAUGUGUGUUUUAUCCGUCCCAACUUUAUGUGCGCUUCUGCGUGUGGUUGAGGUGGUUAACGCCAUACCAGGCAUUGCGUCAAGGCUCAGUACCACGCUUUGUUACCGGCCGCAGGAUAUUUUUGUGUGGUGUCUUGAACAUUUUGAGUCUAUUCUGGCACCGACAAGCUGUAGCAUGGAGGACGCGGCACUCUCGUCCCUUUGUCGUGCCCUUGGUACGUGCUUGGCUGACUCGGAUGCUGACGCUGCAAAGAUGAUCGGGGUAUUCCAUAUCCUACUUAAGAGAUCCACCAAUCCACAAUAUAGUGCGGUGUUGCUUAGCUCUUACUUAGCUAGCCGCCGGCAGCGAUAUUCCGCUGCAGCUAGUAUUAAGCAUAUUCAGCUGAUGGAGUCUAUAAAUCAUCUAGCGACCAUAGUAGCACUCUCACAGGGGAGAAGUUCCAACAACGUUAUGCAAUCCAAACAUUAUUAUGACCGGACUUUUCUUGCUGCGUCCCUUCGUAGCUCCCCAAUCAUCCGAGAAGGUAGCGCUAUUUCUAUUGAUUUUGUUCUUGCCUCUGCUAUCUCGGCUGCGCCACAAGCGCACUUCAAUGUGCUGGAUGCCAGCAUAUUAAACUCGCUAGCUCGCGACCCUCGUGCGGAAGAGGCCUUCGUAGGCAUGAUGAACAUGUAUGUUAGCCAAGGUGGAACGCGAACGAUUCUGCCGUUCGAGGCCCUGAGUGAGCACUUUGGUGAGCUUUCACCGGAGGCAUUAGCACUCAUGGGAGGCUGGGGGGUUCAGCAUGGGGCUUGGUUUGCCGUACUUCCACCGUCUCUUUCUAUUCAGUUGCAGGGGAACACCUGCACCGGAAUCGCCUGUGAUUUGUUUCACCGGCUGCGGCGGGCUGGACACCAAAAGGUUGCCUUCAUGUGUAGUGACCCCCAUGUGGCUGAAGCGAUUAGGGCGAAGGGGAUACGACCCGUGAUCUUAUUGGAAGACCUCCUCCAACGCCUCAGCAAGCGAGCAGCUCAAUAG